GACCCCCUCCCCCCCGCGGGAAAACAAGAACUCGCCACCCCAGGCUGGCCGCUGCUGCGGCUGCUACUGCACCGGCCCCGCUCGCGGAGUGGGGAAGUGAAGCCAGCGCGAAGGGGAAGUUGUUGGAAAGUCAGACCGGAAUGGGUGAUAGGGAAGACAGAGCUGGGCUUGGUCACAGAUGGUUCCUGUUGGGGGAAGAACAAGGGUACAGCUGCCCAGUCCUCCUCCCCUGCUGCAUUAUCACCAGCAGGCAGCUGUCUGCCUUCCCCUCUCACCCUGGGACACAACUCCCCCUCCACAUCAACCCUGGUGGUCACAUGAGCACCCAGCACCCCUUGCAAGGCACACUCCAGAGCAGGCUGGACAGCAGUAAGUCAGAGCCACUCAGGGGCAGGGUGGCCCAGGGACAGAACCAGCAGCCGCUCGCCUGCAUUUUCUGUUACGCAAUCCGCGGGAGAGGCCGGAGCUCUCCAGCCUGCUCUCCUCCGGUGUGGAUUUGAAACAGCUCCUCUCCCCUGCAAAGUGGCUGAGAGCAUGUGAGAGAGAGACACCCUCCAGAGCCCUGCAUGGCCUCUUGACGCAGCUAGCCUCCAGCCGAGAGCUUAGGUAGAGCCUCUCCAGCAGUGCUGGCAGCAGAGGGCCUGGCACUGCAUUUCUGGAGCCCACCACCGCACCGUUCAGCUGGCACUGCAAGCAACCGGCUGGGCUUUAAUGGCUGGAGGCUCUUCCGAGCUGGAAAACCGACCUUCCGCCUCCACUUGCCAUGGCACCUGGGGAAGGGGCUCCAGGAGAACCGGCCAAGGUAGUGCAGAGAAGAAGAAGGCAGCCACAAUGCCUGACUCGCCGGCCGACGUGAAGACUCAGUCCAGAUCGACACCCCCCAACAUGCCUCCUCCGCCGCCAGCCGUCACGCAGGGAGCCACGCGGCACCCCUCCUUCACGCCAAACACCAAUCAAGAAGCUGGGCCUCCGACGUUUCUGCCUCGCGGCCGUUUUCAUGGUUGCUUGAAAUGGUCGAUGGUCUGUCUUUUAAUGAAUGGAAGCAGCCACUCCCCUACCGCUAUCAAUGGAGCUCCUUCCACCCCCAACGGGUUCAGCAACGGGCCUGCCACCUCCUCCACUGCCUCCCUGUCCACCCAUCAGCUCCCUCCCGCCUGCGGCGCCCGGCAGCUCAGCAAACUCAAGCGCUUCUUGACCACCCUGCAGCAGUUUGGGAACGACAUCUCCCCGGAGAUCGGGGAGCGGGUGCGCACGCUGGUGCUGGGGCUUGUGAACUCCACGCUGACCAUUGAAGAGUUCCACUCCAAGCUCCAGGAGGCGACUAACUUCCCGCUGCGCCCCUUCGUCAUCCCCUUCUUGAAGGCCAACCUGCCCUUGCUGCAGCGCGAGCUGCUCCACUGCGCCCGCAUGGCCAAGCAGACCCCAGCCCAGUACCUGGCCCAGCACGAACAGCUGCUGCUCGAUGCCAACGCCUCUUCCCCCAUCGACUCCUCUGAGCUGCUCCUGGAGGUCACCGAGACUGGCAAGAGGAGGACACCAGACAGGACCAAAGAGAACGGCUUGGACCGAGACCCUCUGCACCCCGAACACCUCAGCAAACGGCCGUGCACCAUGAGCCCCGCUCAGCGGUACAGCCCCAGCAACGGGCUGAGCCACCAGCCCAACGGGCUGCCCCACCCCACCCCGCCCCCACCUCCGCACUACCGCCUGGAGGACAUGGCCAUGGCACACCACUACCGGGACACCUACCGGCACCCCGACCCCAGGGAGCUCCGGGAGCGCCACCGGCAAGUGGCCGUGCACGGCUCCCGCCAGGAGGAAGUGAUCGACCACAGACUAACAGACAGGGAGUGGGCUGAGGAGUGGAAACACCUCAACAACCUGCUGAACUGCAUCAUGGACAUGGUGGAGAAGACGCGGCGCUCCCUCACCGUGCUGCGCCGCUGCCAGGAGGCCGACCGCGAGGAGCUCAACCACUGGAUCCGCCGCUACAGCGAUGCUGAAGACAUGAAGAAAGGCCCCAACCCCCCACCCCGCCCCCACAACAGCUCCUCCAACUCCGAGGCCCCCCCAUUAGACACUCACCGGGAGUUUGUGCCCAGGCCCCUCUCUGGUUACAUGCCCGAGGAAAUCUGGAGGAAAGCUGAAGAAGCUGUGAACGAGGUGAAGCGCCAGGCCAUGUCCGAGCUCCAGAAGGCGGUGUCGGACGCGGAGCGCAAGGCCCACGAGCUGAUCACUACCGAGCGAGCCAAGAUGGAGAGGGCCCUGGCGGAGGCCAAGCGCCAGGCUUCCGAGGACGCGCUGACGGUGAUCAAUCAGCAGGAGGACUCGAGUGAGGUAGAGGCGAGCUCGCCCCGCUGCGCAGUGCUCGCUAGGGUAGUAGAGUUUAACCCUUGGCGUGCUGACACCGCGUGCGCCCCCAGCGUGCGAGCCAGGGCUGGAAGCUUGCUGGGAGGGGGCUGCCCUGUUACAACCCCAGAGUUCAAGCAUUUAGAGUUCAGGAGCCUGGUUUUUAAACCAGAUCAGCAGGCAAUUCACCCUGCACCGUGGGGGCAUCCCAGCUCCCACGCCACGCUCGGCCCAUCCUUCCCCCAGGGCUCCUUCUGCCAGCACAAGGAUUGGGAGAAGCACCACCACGUCUGUGGGCAGACUCUGCAGGGCCUCCAGGCCUCCGCCGGCGCAGCCCCUUCCUCCGGGGUGGGCUUAGGGGUGGGCUCAGCUCAACCGGAUGUGGUGGCUGUCAGCGCCUCCAUCACCAGCGUGGCCACCAUGGCCGCCAGCCCCAGCGAAACCGGCUCGGCUGCUGCGUCGCGCUCCGGCACGCCGGCCACCCCAGCUCCUCUGGAAACGGCAUCACGCUAACCAACCGACUGGCCAGCCAACAGAGGGGAAAGAAACAGAGAAACCUACAGAACGUCACUGCUGCUACUGCUUCUCUCCAAAAGAAAAACUAACUGCAUUCAAUGCAAUUCCUCAGCUACCUGACUCUUCUGUGACCUCCAAAUGACCUCUCGAUCUCUCAUAUGUAAUCCUCACGGAUCCUCAAACUGGGCUUUAAGUGGAGUUAAGGCAAAUACCAAUCUUCUCUGUUCUCGCUUCGGUUUUCUAUGAUUUGGGGAGUUAUUAUCGGCGUCGGCGUCGGUUUGUUUGUUUUCUUCUUUUCGGACAAGGAAUUUGUCCACAAACUCUACGCACCUUGACUCGGGGAUGUGCGUGUGUGUGUGUGAAAUCUCCCUCCUGGUGCGGCCGGGGGACGGCAUGAUGAAGGAUUUCGAUUUUAGAAGGCAAGAAACUUCUUCUCUUUUUCGUUUUUCUUUUUUUUUUUUUUAGUAAAAAAUAAAUAAAAUAAAAAUAAAAACGUCAAACUCUUUGGCUUUAAGUAAAAAAAAAAAUCCAAAAAACAAAUAAAACAAAGUAAAACCAAGUAAAGGAAGCUUACCUGUAAACUACCUUGCUAGCUAGCCAAGAACAUACCAGACUCACCUCUGCUCCAAAGGAAAUCCAAAAACAAACAAACAAAAAAAUCCAAACUUUUUUUCCACUGCCAAAGUUUUUUUGGUUCUGUUGUUGGUUAUUUUUACUUUUUUGGUUGAUGGUUUUGGUUUGUUUUUUGUGAAACAAGGAGCAGCACUUAUCCCUUUCAACCAAACCACGACGACUGGCCAAAGGCAAGCCGGCGCUCUUGGACUCCUUGCAUUCUUUGGUGGGGUGGGGUGGGUUCUUGCGCUGGACUCUCAGCAUCCACACGUACUUUGAAGGAGGAAGGACGCGCAUCUGUGGAUUUAAAGAAUUUUAUUAAAAUAAAGCAAAAACAAACAAAAAAAGAUACACAACUUUUGUGCGUGUGUGUGUGUGUGUGUGUGUGUGUGUGUGUGACGGGGAGCCAACAUUGUGUGCUCCCUCCCUCUGUGGAUUAUAAACGUGUUUCACUUGCCUAGGAGAGCGUGCUAAUGAACAAGAACCUUCAGAUCCCGGUCCUGUUCCAGAGAGAGCAUCGUUUCAAACAGAACUGUGACAAUCUGUCGUUGAUUCUCCACUGCUCGUCAGAGUGUGAGCAGAAAGCAAUUGCACCAGUACCUUCUGCUUCUUGUACUCCUCCACUACCUCUCUCUGCUCUCCAUAACCCCACCUCUAGCUCCAGUAUCUUGUGACUGCCGUCCUUACUCCUUCAACCUUUCACAGGAAAAAAAAAAGACACCUUUUGUUUUUCCCCUUCUGAAGACUCUUUCGAUUGCCUGUAGAUAGACCCCCUUGCUUUUGUGUCUACUUGUUCUCCAGAUGUUUUCUCCAGUCCUGUGAUGAACAUUGUCAUUGGGUUAUUUUAUUUCGCUUUCGCUUUUUCUUUUCCCACCCCGCGUCCCCUCAUAUGAUUUUGCAACAGUUUCUAGGAGGAAAGAAAGGAAACAAACAAACACUUGUUCUUAGAGAAGGAAAAAAAGACAAUGUAGAUUAUUUUGCAUUUCUUGCAUCGUGUAUAACGCGCAGAGGACGGGAGUGCAAUAUGGAAAGUGACAUGGCUGCAGAAAGCGAGAAAGGUGGAGACUGCCCAGCCACGGUCAGGGCAAAUAUUGUACGUUAAUGUGAAUGUAUAUAGUAUUUGAAGAGGUCCAAAAAAAUAAUAAUAAUAAUAAUAAUAAUAAUAAAAGAAGAGACGUUUGCCAAAUAAAAAAAAAUGAAGAUAAACCACUGAACUAGGUAAAGUUUAGGAAAUAGGUUUUAAAAAAAAGCAAAGUCCACGUGUUCAGUAGGAGGAUUAGUUUUCCGGAGUUGCAAAAUCCAUCACAUGUGUUUUUAAAAAAGUAGGGAUUUCAGAUCAAAAGUUCCCAGGCACUAGUCAUUGCAAAGGGAGGUUUGGCUGAGGGCGAUUGACUCAGAACCCUAAGGUGGGCGUGUUUGGAUGUUUUCCUCUCCCCUGCAACCCACCCCCGAACCUCGCCCUUGUUUCUACCGUUUUCAGAAGCACUGUGUGGUUCUUUAGAACAUCGAUUCAGGUUUUGGAACAACAAGGAGUCCUUUGUUUAGCACAAUGGAUACAUGCAGGGCUAGGCGGCAUUGUUCGGUCCCACUGCGGUUGGGUCUGCUUUGCCCUUUCUUUUCUAGUUGUGAGCCCUAGGUCUCUUAGCUGCAUCGCAUCCAAUGUGAGUCCUCCCCGUUCAGUUGCACCCCGCUCAAGCUCCCUCCUGGUGGCUGUGAAGUUGUAAAGACCAUGUCGUGUCUCUCCUCAGAAGUGCGGCGUGUUCCCAUGGAGAGGUUUGGGGUUGUGGCUGUUUCUCUCAGUGGAUGUGGCUCUGACGCCGUUUGGUUGUGUCGUCUUGGCUCUGGGACGGGUUGUCCUGGAGAAGAGUGUGGAGGGCUGUGUUUGAUGUGUACUUUCACUGCCUCUGAGGGAUGGCUGUAGACGGUGCCGCGUGGUUCUCCGCAGCUGAUGCCGGCUUGUCCUAGGAUUCCAGGAUUUCAAAGCGAGACAGACCCAGGCAGGAAGUGGGGUUUGAGGGAAGUUGUUAGUGCGAUGCUGCGGUCCUUGCGCCUUGCUGUCCCCUCCCCUAGCUCAGCUCUCAACCACAAUGGGGGUAUCAGAUCUUAAGAACCAGGCGUGGAUCCCAUCCUAUGGAAGGCAGCCAGAGUUUUGCUGUUGGCUUCGAGCAGGACGAAGUCACAGUUCUUACAUCCAAAGUUUGCAGGCUUUGAACACCUGGCAGUUCUGAACCCGGCAGCAUUUGAACCCGGCCAGGAACCAACAAGUGCCAGAAGCACCCCCAUUCUGUAGCCCUCCUUUCUCCCGCCAUGCCUACACGGUAACGUGUCCCAGGGCUGCCCAGAGGAUUCAGGGGGCCUGAGGUCUUUGGCGGCGGGGGGGCCCCGCUGCCGAAGACCCGGCGCUUUGGCGGCAGGUCCCAGGGCAGAAGGACUCCCCACUGCGGGUCUUCAGGGCACUUCGGCAGCGGGUCUGGAGCGGAAGGACCCCCCGCCACCGAACUGCCGCCGAAGACCCGGAGCGGAAGAAGUUCCGGGGGCCCGGGCGCCACGAGUGUUUUCCGGGGGCCCCGGAGCGAGUGAAGGACCCUGCUCCAGGGGCCCUGAAAAACUCUCAUGGGGGCCCCUGUGGGGCCCGGGGCAAAUUGCCCCACUUGCUCCCCCCCCGCCCGUGUCCUCACAUGACAAUCUGGACACCUUACGCUGUUGGAAGAUUACAUCCCUGGGGAACUGUGGAAAACUUUCCUUAACUUCCUCUAACCCCAUGGCAGCCUGGUCUUUCUAAAGCAGGCCUGGAUUCCUGGCUAGUAAGAAUCUUCUGGAAAAUACCAGCCCACAUGAGCCCCCCAACCCCGAGAGACAGUUCCUCUAAAGUCCCAACUGCUGCUCUCCAGAGGAAGGUCACAUCCUCGGUGAGGGAUGAGAGGAGGGACCCAGUAAGAGACAAAGCAGCCUGUCAAUAUCUGUGAGUGCAGAACUUCCUCCCCUGGAACUGACUGGCUGUUUGACGCAGGCCAGUCCCAGCAGCAAUGCCACUGACCUGAUCUCUCUGCUGAAGGGCUCCCUAGGACCUGUAGUGAGUCUUGAAGCCCAAGGUGAAGCUGUGCAGAGACUGGUCCCAAAGCCCUAACUAACUGGGCUGGAGCUAUUGCUGGGGUUUGUUUACCAACCAUUUGACGGUAGCUUGCAGUGAAUCCAGACAGAGACCUUUUAAUGGGCCAAACCCGAGAAUUCGUAGCUUCUGUUUGUUUCCUUCCGCAGCCUCAUUCAUCCAGCGUUAGGUUCUGACCCUGGUUUUCUGACAUGCAUCACUCGCCCUAAGAAGGAUUGUUGUGUUUAUUUAUCACGUGAUAUAUGUAUAUUGUCUAUUUUUCUUAUAUUUCAUGAAAAGAGGUAAUAUAUAAGAGUUUUCAGAUGUCAUUAACCGCAGGGUUCAUCCUGCCAUUCGUAGUGUUUGUUAUUUUUCUCAACCUCUCGUGCUUGAAUUUCGGCCGCCUCUCUGUCCCAUCCAUCUCACAUCUGCUCAGCAUCCGGACCCUGCCGCUCUACCUCCAACUUGCUUAAAAACCAUAGACGACAAUUGUAUAGAAAGGAAAGAACCCCAUUUAAAAAGAACUCAACAAGCUUGCCUUCAAACCAAAAUCCCUGGGAAGGGAAAGAGGGGAGCGGGAGGGGAGCCUCUUGCGGAAGUCCAAAUCGGAAAGCUUUAAAAUAGAGUAUUUCAGUGGCCAAAAAACCACCAGGAGUAUGCAGCUUCCCAGACCGUGACGCUCGUGGCACAAAGAAAAGCAGGCGGCAGCAAUAGAGAAAACCACUCGCUGGCUCCUCUGGGUAGGGCGAGAGGAUGCAGGCGGUUCCAGGCUCUUUCGUUGUGAGAUGGUCUUGCUAAACCUCCUCAGUCAGAGCUUUCUUAUGUGUGGGCUUUGCAGGGUCACCUCACCCUCCUGUGUCCUGCUAAUCCCUGAUUCCUCUGCCAGUGCCCCCCAUUGCCUGGGAAUGUUAUUCCCAGUGGAACAGACACCAGCUGGGAGAGUUAAUAGCCUCCUCAGCCAUGGCCAUGUCAGCAGGUUUUAAAUCCCUGGGGCAAAGCAGCAUGGUUAGAUUGUGUAGUGCGUGUUGUGUGUGCGCCCUGCAGUGGGCCAGAUUCUGCGCUCAGUGACUUACCUGCAAGCGCUUUGUCCCCAUGGGGUUUGCAGGGAUGUCACUAAGAGUAGAAUUUGGCCUGCUCCACUGCGUAUCCACCUGCCUCAUGGUUACAGUGUAGGCCCAGAUUGUGUAGCAAAAGGAACUUAACCUAGGCCAAAAAUCCAGGGAAUGCUGACUCUCCUGGGCCCAGGCGCUGUCCCCGUGCAUAUUACUGGGGGGAUGGGUAUAGGGGGCAAUUGGGAGAUUUCUCUCUCCUGGGUGGUGGCUCUUUGGGUAUCUUUUUGUGAAGUCCCUGAAGAUGAUCAGAAAAGGAAGGGCCAAUGUUUCGCCCCUCCUGCAGCCCGUGCCAGGAGCUAUUUAAGCGGGGUGACCCUCCCCACAUGGCAGCUCUGCCUGGGCAGCAGCAGGAGCGUGGGAGGGAGGGGGGGCGCCUGCUGCUUUCCUUCCAGCAGCCCUGGGGCAGUGAGGAGAAAAAUAGGGGAUGAGCCCAACCCCAGGCAGGGGUGAGGGAUGGUUUUGUGGCUAAGGAAGUGGUGAGGUCAGAACAACCCCAGGCAGCUCAGCACAAAGGCAUCUGGGAUCCGGGACAUCUCGGGUGGCACCAUGUGUCCUCCAAUCCCAUUGUCGUCACUGGGCAUGUGGUUCUCUGCAGGAUUGGCUCGUCGUUUGCAAUCAAUGUGUGUCUCGGCCCAGCAUGGCGCCGUGUUCAUUCAGGUCACCUUCCUGUUCCCAGAGGGCGGAGGGAAGCGGGCGUGUUUGGCAGGUCAUUCCUGAUGCCAGGUUCUUUCUCGGUGCUGGAGCCCAGCCCUGCGCUGCACAUAGUAUCAGAAAGUUUAGAGUAUGUGCCCGAGGGGGGAAGCCGUUUAUUGACACAGGGACAGCGAGAUGGGGGUUUUGUUUGGCUUUACGCAUGACUCACCGUGGACCCAUUUCCAUGGGGGGCUCUUUAACUUGAGCCCAUCCCUCAAGUUUCCAAAUUGAAAUCCAAGCUGAAACCAAAGCACCUCCCUCCUGCCCUGCUCCAGCCAGGCAGUUUAGUGGUGAUCCUAGAUGUUAGAAUUGGAAGAACUCCCUUAGGAUCUGUUCAGAUCAUGCCAGGGUCUGGGCAAGACUGUUCCACGUGGUACAUUUACUAGGGCUUUGCUUAGUCCUGUUUUAAAUAAACCCUAUGAUGGUGUUUUGUUCCCUGGUCUGCCGCGUCUCACUGCCAGGUUUUCCGGAGAGUCUAUAUUCUCCCUUUCUUAAUAGCAUCCCAUGGCUGCUAGUUACACUCUCUUCUUGCAGCCAACAUGAUCGCGCUCUUGGUGUUUCACCCCCAUCAAAUACAUGUGGAGUAGGGCUCGAAUUGUAUCCCUCCAUCCUUCCUCAUUGCUCAGCUCGUGUCAGCUCCCCUCCAGCCGUCCUGCCAGCCCCCACCAAUUCGUCUUGCUCUUCUCUGAAGGUCUGGCAGCCAGGUCCUGCCCAGGCACAAUCUUCCUAGUGGGAGUCAGGCUCCGGGACACGGGAGCGUGGGACAGGCACGGCUGGGUGAACAGCGAAGCGCCAAGGGUGCAUCUCCCCGGGGAGGCAGGUGUUGGGUGCACCUGUGAUGUGCGCCAAUGGUUCUUGAAUGCCAACUGGUUGCAUCUCGUGGCUUAGAUACCCCCAGCCCACGCCUAGGCUACUUGGAGGCAGUUAUAGCCCAGGCGAGUCAGUCUCCCUGAGACUGCCAGCAACAUUCUUCCGGUCACACGCUUACCAGCAAACACAGGCAGAAAUUACCUGGGUGUGAUCUAUUCUGUAGGGGCAAAACAGAGCCAGUGCUGUUGGUGCAGCUGUCUUGCUUCUGGCCAUUGCCCCAUGUGAACUCACCAUACAUUCCCUGUACGCGUGUAAAAACACACACACACACACACACACACACACACACACACACACUGUGCUCUGGUCUCUUCCUCUUUCUUACGAUCCUCUUUUUUCUUUAUGGGCAUCCCCACGCAAUUUUGCGGCCUUUGUGGGGGAUGGCCAGGCUCAUGUGUAUGCUAGUUACAGCAAUGAAUGGGAGGCGAAGGAAUUUCUUGGGCUGCGAUCCCCGCCCCCUGGUAGGCGGGACCCUGCUUCCCAUCUCUCUGCGCUGGUGGUUUUAUGUAAGGCAGAUCUGGGGGAGCCGGAGGGAGUUUUUGUUUCUUGUAACAAGCCCAUCUCUUGGCUUGUCAGUUGCUUUGGAGAACAGCAGCAGGACACCCCUGCUUGGGGUGUCAAAAAAACAGACGUAAACACAGCCCAGGGAAAAUAAAUACAGAGUAAACCCAGGUUCUCAGACUUUCUGCUAAGCCUCUUCAGAGCGGCAGAUUCUGGGAUCCCGUCCAGAUCUGGCGGCUGAGCCUCUGAAAGGCGGCUUUGCAGCAGCAAUCCAGGAGAAUUUGCUCUGAUGCCUCACCUCAAACAAACAAACAAAAAAACCACCAGGUGCUCCCAGAAUUUCCCCCUUCCUGGCACAUUUCCUUGUCCCUAGCCAGGGUGUGACCCAGCCAGCAAUUCCGGAGAGCCCAAACUGCUCAGCCCAGCCUGGGUGGAACUCCGCUAAGCCCCAGGGAUGGAUGUGACCCACCCUCAGUUCUGCUCCCGCUCCCCCCCCUCUCUGAAGCGACUCUGCCGAAAGUCUCGAAAGCCGCUGACGUGCCCUGCCAGAACCCAGUAACCUGCUCCUGCCAGGCCCACGGGAGUGCCAGCGUCGGGGGGCUGGGAGGCGAUUGACUCGUAAAACUGUGCAAUACUUGAAUGAAAGGGGGUGGGGGAGGCAUGGCUUGUAUAGACUGGUGGGCGUGCGUGGAAAAAGAGUUUAACGAGGGGAGAAAACAGAAAUCCCGCACCCCACCCCGCUCCCUGCUGUUUGUGGGUUUCCGUGGCCAUUCCAGAGAAAUGACGACAUGAUAGGAGUUUUUUUGGCAUGCUGCCCUUCCCCCGCGGUUCCCUGCUUUCUCUAACUGUACUGUAUGUUUGACCUGUGAAAGAUGUAAACAUUAUGAUUCAGGUUAUGUCUGUUCUUAACUCUGUAUCCGUGUAAUAAAGACAAUUUAAUAUCA